CUUCUCUUUCUGCUGGGUGUGUAUCGUUUUUGUAUAGAUACAUGCGAAAUCGGUCAAAAGUUCUAGUCGGUCUAGAUUCUUAAUCAUCAUCAUCAUCACCUAUUUCUUUUUUCUAUUUCAAUCCUAAAUCUUUUUUCUUGCCCCUUCCUUUCUUUAUUGCUGUGUUUCCUCCUGCUAGGCCCGUAUUCAGAGCAUAGUAACUGUUUUUUCUCGCUUCUUUCUUCCGUUUUGUGAUCUGCGUGAGCGAGCUUUACUAGUGGGUAAGUGGGUUGGUUCUUAGAAGUUAGAUAUGGGGGGUUUGAGAAAAGCUGUGCUUUAGUCUAUGCAUUCUAGAAUUGGAGUGCUAUAUCGUGCUCUUGUAGAAUGCGGGUGUUCAGAUUCUUUGGAUUAUUAUCACGGCUGCGUGUUAAUUGUUGUGAAUUUUAAGAUUCCUCCAAUUGUAGCUAUUUAGGAUUUCUGGGCAUGGCCAUGUUUCUGUUAUGGUCGGCUAGAUUUUGAUUGGAUUUCCCUGAUGGCUUUGCAUUGAGGAGAAAUCGCGAUCAAGAUUGAGAACAUGGCUUUCUUGGAAGAUUGCCCAGAUAAGAAUCUGGAUUGCUUAACCAGAUCACGGGAAUCCGAUUGUGGAAAGGGGAAGUUAAUCCAGAAGGCACCGGACGAUGUUGCUGAUCUGUUGCCCCGUGAUCCGUUUGAUAUGGACAUUGACACAACUGUGACUGAACUCUCCAGCAUAACCGGUUGGAUUGAGGAUAUCGAGAGGGACUUAGGUUUUAUUGGGGUGGGGCAAGUAGAUAAUCAGUUAUUUUCCGGCCACCUGUUUUUGGACUGUAAUAUGGAGGAGAUUAUGGAUUUCAGUUACGAAAAAUAUUGGAUUUUGGACGACAGCAACUGCGAAUCCUUCAAGAAUCAGUGGGGAUUCUCUGGGACAGUUUUUGAGGGCGAAGGAUUUGAUGAUCCCCCAGAUGCUUUGUUUCUUGCUCUUUCUUAUUUAGGCGUUGAUGACCUUCUUUCUAUGGAGCAAGUUUGCAGAUCUUUGUGCUGUAUAGUGCAAAACGAUCCGCUCAUAUGGAGAGAUAUAAAGAUAGAUCAUCCUUUGAGUGAUAAGAUCACAGAUGACGCUUUAUUGCAGUUGGCAAACAGGGCCAAGGGACAGCUUUGUUGUUUGAGUCUUGUGGAGUGUUUGAAGAUCACGGAUGGUGGUUUGAAGAAUGUUCUUGAAAGGAAUAAAAGACUGACAAAGCUAAGUGUAGCGGGAUGCAUGAAGCUUAGUAUUGAUGAACUGGUGUCUAACUUAAAAGUCUUCAACAAGCGGGACACAGGGAUAAAGUGUCUAAGAAUUGGUGGACUGUUCGGCAUAACAAACCAACACUACGAAGACUUGAAGCUGCUUUUAGGCAUGAUGGAAAACACCACCCAACCUCCAAGUGUGGACCGCAAGCCGCGAUUUUACCGAGGGGGGCAGUUGUAUCUGUCUGUUGAUGAUGACUGGGCCAUUGACAUUGAGAUGUGCCCGAAGUGCCAGCAACUAAGGCUAGUCUAUGAUUGCCCCGCAGAGAGCUGCCAAGGGACCACCCACCAAGGCACGCAGAUGUGCAGGGCUUGCACUUUCUGCAUCUCCCGGUGUAAAAGCUGUGGGUGCUGCUUGAGCAACUGUAAUUAUGAAGAGACCUUCUGUUUGGAGAACCGUUGUUCGGACUGUAUCAAGAAGUUUUUGCCCAAGCACCGGUUUUUCCACCCACAGGCGAGCUGUCGUUUCUUUCUAUGUGGCUAGAAGAUGUUGUUCCACCAUCUUGUUUUUAUUCUGGUUAUUGCUCUGCGUGCAUGGCUGGCUGGCUUGGAGCCUUGUUAAGCAGUUGCCUCUUAUGGAUGGAAGGCCUGAAGGGUAGGAGUGGUAAAAAAAACUGUUCACAUUGCCAGUUGCAUUGGGAUGGCACGAAAAGACAUAGAGCGGAGUUGUGAUUUGGAUGCAUGAGUCCAGGCGUCCAGCCAUUGUUCCAACUAAAAACCCUGAGGCUCUAAGCUCACUUAGCUGUAGGAGGUGCUAUCCCUGGCCGUCUCUUUAGAGAGUGAGGAUUGCUACAACUUUCAGGGAAUUCAUGCAUGCAUGCCUGGAGGAGAGGAGUCUUAAAGUUUUAGUUUGGCUGAUGUAGCAGUUAGCAUAUAUGUCCUAGAGAAAAUCACUAUUUAAAGAUAUAUGUACUAGAUCACAUUUAGGUUUAUAUUUGAAAUCUACAUUAUUACACAUAUUUGAUUAUUUGUAUUCAUAAUUUUGUUUCCAUAGACUUGUGUGAUAGGAGAACUUAUAUGACAUAACAUAAGGUCAUAAAAUAUCCCCAAUCAAGGAUCAAAGAAAAUAGAAUAUUGAUGAUAUGAUAUAAGAUUGGUAUGUGAAUUGUAUCUUAUUUUUAGAAAGUAUGAGAAAGUAGAAUUGAUCUCAUGAAUAUGAA